UAGCCGCUACUUAGCUACAGAUGCAAUGUUGUCUUAUCAAUAGAUCAUAUAUUUGUUUUCGGAGGAAGAGUUGAGAUAAAUAAUAAUUGAGAUUAGAUGUUCAUGUUAGAACGUUGAGAGACUUUAUUUACAGGUUUGAUAGCUUUAUUUUGUAGCUCAGUUCACGGAGCUCGUUAGUUCGUUCCUUGGCUCGGUAGCUAAUUGUAGCUAACAGGUCGAGCAGAGAUAAUUAUGACACGACAGCUUUGUGAGGCUCCCUGAGAGAACAGCGCUCGGGUGUGCGCUGAGAGAAAAUCAGUGCUGUUGUAUGAGCUCGGUUUAGGGAGAUGAAUGUAUCUGGUUAUAAACCUAAAGGAGUUAAUUAGCUGUAGCAGCUGUAUAUUGGUUAGCGAGCAGCAGUUAAAGCUUCGUUUAAUCAGUUAGGAGCGGAUUCGACAUUUUGCAGCAUGGAUUUCACCAGCGUGUUGUCCAUCGCCUCUCAGAAGCAAGGCCUGAGCAAUUUACCGAAGAGGUACAGCUUGAAACCUGGCCCUCCAAAAAAGGACCCAAAAGGGAAAUGUGUAAGUUCCUCUGCAGUGCAAGCAUAUUUGAAGAAACAGGAAACUGAACAGAAAAAGAAAGAGUUGGAGAAGAAAAAGGUGAAGGAAGAACUCCUGGCUAAGAGAGUGGAACUGAAAUCCGACCGAAAGGCACGUGCCAUGGCGUCUCGCACCAAGGACAACUUCCAUGGCUACAAUGGUAUACCUGUUGUAGAUCUGCCCAAGAAAAGGCAGAGUAAGGCUGCAAAGUUUGAGGAACAACCAGGGAGCAGUGAUGAUUACUACGAUGAUGAUAAUUAUGAAUAUGCAGCCACUGACUCUGAAUCUGAUUCAGAACCCACACCUGCAGUAAGGCCUCAGGAACGCAGUAAUGGUUCAACCAAAUUGAGCAACACGCAGAAAAAAACUAAUGCUCCACCUAAGGCGGCUGCUCUAUCCAAGGCGGCUGCGCCACCCAUGAAUUUUGCAGACCUUUUAAAGCUUGCUGAGAAAAAACAGUUCGAACCUGUUGAGUUGAAACCAACAAAGAAAACUGAAGAGAGGCUUCGCACAGCGGAGGAAAUUAGAGAGUUAGAAUUCGAGCGCAAAGCUAAGAAACAAGAGAAAGUUAGGGAUGUUAAACCAGAUAAAAGUUCAGGGCACAAAGAUAGCAAAUCCAGCAUGAAUUCUCACAAGAAAAUUAUGGUUGACAGAGAAGGCACAUCGCAUCGGUCAUCAAGUGAGAAAUCAUCCAGUGGAAUUAGCAAAAUGCCAAAGCCACACGUGCAGACUGAGCGACCGCACAGUUCUACCAAAUCAUCUCAUGGAUCCAAACCUAGCUCCUCAGGUGCCUUAAGUGGUAAAGCUGCCAUGAAGGGAACUUCAGCUUCAGUCAAGCAAACGGGGCCCAGGCCCCAGUCUGGCCAAAAGCCGACCACCUCAAGUGACCUUAACUCUAAGAAAGGCUAUCCAGGACCACAUCAAGUAAAAAUGAAUAGUUCUGGGAGCCGAGCUGAUGCUGCUUCUAACUCCUCUAGACCAUCAAGUCAUGGGCAAGGGAUUAAGGGAUCUGGGCACACCAGACCUAGUCAGGAUAACAUGAACAAGAGAGGACCUCCUCAAAAGCCAGGAAAAGGAGAGGCGCCACGAUCUGGAGGCAAUCCUCCUCCCCGACCAGGUAUCAACGGACCUAUGAGAUCCGCACCUACUGGUUCCUUGAAACAAGCAGGAUCUCAGCAGCCAAGACCCGGAGGCAGCAUGCAGGGCCGUCCUGUUUCCGGAGGGGUAAAACCUUCUGUAAAUGGACAAGGCCGACCUAGCAGGCCAUUAAACAGUAUGGGACCAGGUCCUGGAAGACCCCCAUGUACUGUUGUGUCAGAGACCAUUUCAUCUAAGAACUUUGCACCAAAACAAGGAAUGGCUGCCAGGCCUCCAGUUCCUCAGGGGCCCAGAACAAUCAUCGGACCAACAGGUCAUAGAAUUUUGGCUGCACCAUCGGGACCAAGUCUACCACCAAUAACUUCAAACUACAAACGCAAGUAUGAGGAUGAAGAGGAGUACGACUCUGAGAUGGAUGACUUCAUUGAUGAUGAAGGCGAAGAACAGGAUGAAAUUUCUCAGCAUAUCCGAGAAAUCUUCGGCUAUGAUCGGACCAGAUACAAAGAUGAGAGUGAGUAUGCAUUGAAGUUUAUGGAGAGCAGCUGGAAAGAACAACAGAAGGAGGAGGCAAGAAGUUUGCGCUUGGGUAUUAAAGAAGAUGAAGAAGAAAUGCGUAUGGAGGAGGAGGAGAUGAAAAGAAAGCAAGCAAUGAAGGCAAAACGCAAAAAGACUUGAUAUUCAAGUUUGUUUGAUUUGACUUGCGUGGCAUAAAGUCACUUGCGUAGAGCAGGAUCGACACUUCCUUGUGCCAUUCUGCAAUUAAUGUUACAAUAUUUAUUUCAAAUUACCAAAACAGGGGAUCUGUUUUGCACUACCAAGAGCCCAUCUUUGAUAGCUGAGCUUUAGAGAAAGUAAUGUAUCACUAAUGCCAUUUUUAUAUUGCUAAAGAUCAUGGAAUUACAAUGAUGUAACUGCAGAAUCAUUAUCUGCUCUGGUAUUUGUUCAAUGUUUCAAGAUUGUUUUAUUUUAUUAAUGGUAUUUAAUGAUGAAAGAAACAUUCUGCAAAUUUUGCAAUGUAUUUUCUUGUUAAAGCAGUUUGACAGA